AUGAUGCCAUCUAGUCCAACUCCCCUGCAGUGCACAGGGACACCACAGCUAGAACAGGUUGCCCAAGGCCUGAUCCAGCCUCGCCUAGAAAUUCUCCAGGGACGGGCAACCACAUCAACGUGCAACCUGUUCCAGCGCCUCACCACCCUCACCUCAGAGCCGAGGCCCCCGACGCCAACCGCGGCUCCGGGAAACGCGUGGGGCCGAGGGCAGCGGCCGCCGUGGGUGGACCCGACCCCUCGCCACGCCUCCACGCGGCCCCGCCACGCCGCCGGCCCCGCCGCCCGCACAGCGCCCGGCCCUCACCGCCGCGGAGGCCACGGACAGCCGCGGGCCAUGGCAGGAAAAGCCCACAGGCUGAAUGCGGAGGAGAGGGAGCAGCUGCUGCCAAACCUAAGAGCCGUGGGGUGGAACGAGGUGGAAGGAAGAGAUGCCAUCUUCAAAGAGUUCCACUUCAAGGACUUCAACCGGGCCUUUGGCUUCAUGACCAGAGUGGCUCUACAAGCAGAAAAACUGGAUCACCACCCUGAAUGGUUUAAUGUGUAUAAUAAGGUUCACAUCACCUUGAGCACCCACGAGUGCACAGGUUUAUCCGAGAGAGACAUCAACUUGGCCAGCUUCAUCGAGCAGGUUGCAGCUUCUCUCUCCUGAUCAGAGAGAGACGUGUGAAGCCAAAGAUCAGCCCUGCCACAGCCACGACCAGCACCUCGCCUCGAUGACCGCACCUCACGUUCUCCCCAGCCAGUGCCUGGACCCUGACUGCCUAAGAUCACACCGAGCUCCCUGCCCCAGCUUGGCAUUUCAGACAGAUGGAGACAUCCAGCAAGCUUUUAAUCCUAUGCAUAUACUUAUCUCUCACAUCUUGCCACUUCCAUACUUAAACCCUUCUUUAUCUGUGCAGUACCCACCCACCUGCAAAUUGCUGACCCCUGGAGGCUUUCAGGAGCCAUGCCCUUCUACCAAGAGUAACAUUACACUAUUGCAGGAGUAAAUCUUUCCAGAAUAUGACCCCAUCCAGUCACUACUAUUGCUUCUUAUGUACCAAUAGGCUUUACUACCCAAAACAUGGUACAUUAACCCUUUGGUUUCUCUAUUACACACCGACAACUGUGAUGUGCAAUUUGGUUAUUAAUGUAACCUAUCUCUAGCAGUAUUACAAACAGGCACGCGAUCUCACCCCUAUUGUAAGUGGCUUUUAGUAGGAUACCAGCUAAAAACGUUUACAAUAAAGUUCUUGGUUAACCUCA